UAUAAAUAUAUAGAGGACUUGACUCUUGAAAUGAUUUGUCUAUUCCAGGCAGACUUUGCUACUUCUGCUGUGGAUUUUUUGCAUAGGGUUGGUCGCACUGCUAGAGCUGGUCAAUUUGGACUUGUCACUAGCCUGUACACUGAAUCCAAUCGGGAUCUUGUUGCUGCAGUUUGUCAAGCUGGGGAUAUUGGUCAGCCUGUGGAGAGUGCAUUUAGCAGGAAAAGAAGCUUCCGCAACAAGCUUAAGAAAAGAGCAGCUUUGGACAAAGUCAGAGACUUGUCAACCGCUUAGAGAGCGUCUUUUGGCAUAAAAUGGCUAGAUUGUGAGGAACUUGUGAUUGAUCAUGGAUGUCCUCUCGUCUUUCUGUAGUUCCACCGGUGGAUGUGCAUCUCCAAUUUGUGGGUCUAUUAAGGACUGUGAGGUAAAGAUCUUACUUGAUCAUUGCCCUAGGUCUUUAGGUGAGAAUUGGAAAAUUGCAUCUCCAAUCUCAUGAAUUCUUGCCCAUUAUUGGAAAAUUGCAGCAUAGCUUUUAUCACGCGAAUUCUUGCCCGUUAUAGGAAAAUUACAGCACAGCUUUUAUCACUUGAAUUCAAUCUUUGCCCAUUUAUAGGAAAUUGCAGCACAGCUUUUAUCACGUGAAUUCAAUCUUGCCCAUUUAUAGGAAAAUUGCAGCACAGCUUUUUAGGCGUUUUGAGGGUAUGAAAAAAGUAGUUCUAAAGCGGUAUUUGAAAAUUCUUUGGUAAAAUUCACUUAACCCUUUUAAAUUAUCACCCUAAUAACA